UCGAGCUUGUUUUACUUCCUGUAUUGUGCAGUUCGGAAGCAUCAGCAGGAACGCUGCGACAUAUUCUCAUUUUCUCAGAGCUACAGCAGUUCGGUUUUUGUCUUCUUUAAUGAGCAGCGACAGCAGCGUGUUGCUUGUUGGAUUUACUUGUGAUGUUUAAAUUAGCCAAUAUUUAAUCCAUUCAUUUGCCUGAUCUUUCACGAGCUACUCAGUGCUCUAAGUUUUUCGGUCUGACCUUUCUAGCUAGUUCCUGUAUGCUUGUUUGUGCUGAUUGGCUAGUUCACAGUAGGAGCACACAUCACAGUCUGACAUCAGUGACAGCAGCAGUGCAAUAGCGCGAACUCAGCUUCUCUCAGCAGGAAAUUAGCUCGGUAGUUUAAGAAGCACCGCUGCACUUUUCUCCAUUUGUGAACUGCAGCAGGUGAUUGACAUUUUUGUUUCAGUUCAGUACCAGCUCAUGGGUCUUUAUUGAGUGAAAAGCGUUCCUGUUAUUUGCUUGUCAAUAGGAGCUGCAGCUUACUUCAUUUUUGUCUUUGAGUUACUGUUAACCGCCUACUUGAGUAGCUUUGUUUAUUCUUUAGAUGUUUUUCUGGCCGGUGGUUGCAAUAGUCAAUAGCAGGUCUUUUGGUUACUUGUUCACGUGCAUGCAGUACUACUAGCUGCUUGUCAUGCUUCGUUGUAAAUCAAAGUCAGUGCUUGGUUUGGUUGUUUCUUACUGCACACAUGUUUCUCAUGUGUGGUCAACGAUAGUGGCUCUGUUCUAUUAUUUUAGGAAGAGCAGCUCAUGGUGGUUCAUUUCUUUGAUUUGUGAAGUCCUUUCAAGGAAUAGUGAAAACAUUCUUUCAAGCAAUCAUUUGUGAAACUGGAAAUUACUUUAUUGCUUGAUUGAUCAGCUUGCCAGGUCUUUUGUUAAAAUUACUUUAUUGCUUGAUUGAUCAGCUUGCCGGGUCUUUUGUUAAUCUUAUUCUAAUUAGCUCUUGAUAUUUGUUUAUUUGGAUAAACAGUGAGCUUAUCAUUGCUUGUCGAAUUUGCUUGGCAUGGGUGAACUAGAAAUUAUUUAAUCCCCUCACGUGCUUGUUCUAUGACUCGUUUUGCUUCCACGUUGCAUUGAGAAAUUCCUAAUAAUUACUAGGGUGAGCAUGUCUCUAGUUGUCUUGCAUCACCUUGGUAAUUAGAAGAGAGGCAUGUGUUGGUUUGUAAUUGGGAUAUAGGCCAAGUUUUUUGGUUUGUUGAAAUUUUUAUUGGCUCCCUUUCACCGACUCCCCUGGUCGCCAUUUCGGUCCUUCACUAUCUCAUAAUCUUGGUUUACUUGGUGCCAUAGGAAACUACAAAAUCACCUGAGAUUUGGCUUAUAGAAUUAUAUGAACUGUUGUAAGGUGAACUUGACUAUGUUAUGACAUUCUAUUGUCUACUGGUCCUGCAGACUGUUGUUUACAGGCCGGAGAGUGGCCACAUGGCAGGGGGACAUGACGAGGCAAGCGAUGCGCUGGACAAGCGCUUGAAGCUGGUGGCGUCCAAGGUCAAUUCCAAGAUCUUCUUCCACAAGGACGUCGUGGUCGAGUACAUGGAUAUGAAGAGCAUACUCGGCGACAUCGCCGAGGAGAAGAAGAAGGUGGAGCAGGAGCGCCACAGGGCGGUGGUCGUGCAGCGCGUGGAGAACCUGGCGCCCGUGCAGGUGGAGCUCAUGGCAGCAAAGGGGGAGCUCGCGGCGGCGAAAGAGGAGCUUGCGGGGGCGAGGGAGCAGCUUACGCAGAGGAGCCAAGAGCUAGAUGAAAAGGAUGAGGAGCUGGCGGCUCUGAUGGUGAGGCUUCAGAAGAUGGAAGCCAGGAACAAUCACACUGAGCAGCAGAAUGGGACUGGACCUGAUCCUGUCCAACUCCAACCCACUAGGGAUAGCUGGCUGGGCAUGAUCUUCCGCUAAUUAACCCUCGAAGGAUGUGACCAGUAACAAUGAAGGAAUCAAGGUCGUGAGCUUCGUUUGGUUCUGUAUCAAUGUCAUGAUGGCACCAGGUUAUGAUGUAUCUGUUGUCGGUUGUGGUUGAAGAAUCAGACUGUAGGCUGUAGCAAAGAAUUCCAUGUAACUUGGAGAAGCAUGGUGUUACCCACACAUGAACUCCUUAUUAGGACUCCGAUGUUUAGGCACCCUGAAUCUGUAAUCGUUCUGUACUCCUGCUUGAUGACAGAUGAUGACAUGACUGAACAAUG